UCUGUGGAACUUCUGGGUGGACCGCGCAGGCGCUCUGGGGGCGCUCGCCUCUGAGGCCAGUGCGGCAGGAAAAGCGCAGGGGAGACGCCGCCGUGAUCGAGGGAGAGGAAAAACUAAAACCAGUUAAUUCUGGACAAGGACAACCUUUUCCGUUUACUUAUACCUUAUAAUUCAACUGUUCCAGCGAAUAGAAUUCGGGCAAAUGCGCGACCCGUUUCGUAGAUAAACAUAGCCACGGUAUGCUUGGCAACCCUGAAGAUAAUGUCAGGGAAUCAAUGGAUGAAAAUCCCCAAAACUACUGCAGUUGCCUGGCUGGAAUUCUCGUCUCGUACUGAGAGUAUCGGACACUUGGAAAUAAAAACGGUGAACGUAUAAGGACCACGGGAAGGAGCCACAACAUAUCUGAGUGUGGGGAAUUAUAACGGUGUCCAGUCGGUAUUUGGCUAGAUAACGCAUUUAAAGUUUGAACGGAAAGAACAGUUUUGCUGCAUCGAAUUCCUUUGGACGGGAUGUCAUCUGCCGCCGGUAGAAUUCCACGAGCUAACCGACCAUCUCCCUCUCUGUAAAGGAGGCCGAGCGCGCCAGCCGUGAAGAUGAGCGGUGCGGCAGAUACCAAGGGGUUGAGGCGGACCUUUAUCGUGCCCUCGAUCAAGGCUUUUGAUCACUAUGAUUUCACAAGGGCCAAAAUAUACUGUAGUUUGACAUGGCUUGUGGCCAAAGCCUUCGGCUCAGAUGCGGUCCCGGAGGAGCUGGUGGACCCUUUCUACAGGGACCAGUACAGUCAGGAGCACCUGAAGCCCCCGGUGGCAUGCCUGCUCCUGUCUGCAGAGCUCUACUGCCGGGCGGGGAGCCUCAUCCUCCGCAGCGAUGCCGUCAAACCUCUGCUGGGACACAACGCCAUCAUCCAGGCCCUGGCACAGAAGGGACUGUACGUCACUGACCAGGACCGACUGGUCACAGAGAGGGACCUGACCGGCACACCCAUACACAUGGUGAGGAUGAAGAGCUGUCUGGACACACACACACACACACCCAUACACAUGGUGAGGAUGAAGAGCUGUCUGGACACACAUACACACACACACCCAUACACAUGGUGAGGAUGAAGAGCUGUCUGGACAAACACACACACAUACAG